UCACAAUUCUAUCUUCUAUAACUUCUAAAUAAAACAUAUCAUAUCUGCUCUUAUUCAAUUCGCUUAUUAGAUUUUUUUUCUUUUCCAAUUGGAGGAUAUUAAAAGAGAAGAGAAAAGGAGCACAGAAAGAUAGAAGGAAGGAAAAGCUGCCCAGAGCAAAGUUUUGAAAGGCAGGAAUGACAGCACCUUUGAGGCUUUUCUUGCCUCUAACCACCAUUACUGCCUAUUCUUCUUCUUCAGACUUUCCCUCCAAGUCCCUCAAAUCCUUUCACUCUGCAAGCCCUAAUUUCAAACUUUCAUACUCUUCCUCUCUCUCAUCUCACCACCACACAUGUGCUGGAAACAAGACACCCAUUCGCUCCAAGCGGAAGUGGCUCUGCGGACAUAUGAGAAGAGAUCAAGACAGAGAUAGUCCAUCAAAUGAAGACAAUAAGGGUGCGAGUAUGUUCGGUUCUGAUGAAGAAGUAGGCACCCAAAUCCCAACCCAAGCUCAAUCAGUUGUUGAAGGAUCAGGAGCAGUUCUGGUAUCAGAGUUUAGACCUGUGGCCGAUGUUGAUUAUCUACAGGAAUUAUUAGCCAUUCAGCAACAAGGGCCCCGAGCAAUUGGCUUCUUUGGGACCCGUAAUAUGGGAUUCAUGCAUCAAGAACUUAUCGAGAUUCUUAGCUAUGCGAUGGUUAUCACUAAAAAUCACAUAUAUACAUCAGGGGCAUCUGGCACUAAUGCAGCUGUUAUCAGGGGUGCUCUCAGAGCAGAGAAACCAGAAUUACUUACAGUAAUCUUGCCGCAAAGCUUGAAGAAGCAACCUCCUGAGAGCCAGGAAUUAUUGUCUAAAGUCAAGAAUGUGAUAGAGAAGCCUUACAAUGAUCAUCUACCUCUGUUAGAAGCCAGCAGGUUGUGCAAUAUGGACAUCAUUUCACAUGUACAACAAGUUAUAUGCUUUGCGUUUCAUGAUAGUAAAUUGCUCAUGGAAACUUGUCAAGAGGCCAAAAAUCUCCGGAAAAUCGUGACUCUCUUUUAUCUAGAUUGAACCAUUGUUCAUGCUGUCCAUACAUUUUGAGAGAGAGAGAGGGAGAGAGCACUUAUAUUUUUGUUUGUAAAAAAUUAGAUGGAACCUACCAGACCACAUGACUUUGUAGAGUGAAAUAGUGAGGGAGAUCAAUUUGCUCGCAUUCUGUAAUUGGAAAGAGGUGUAUUUUGUUGGUAAAUUUUUAAGGGGAAGGAAAUCUUGGAAAUAAA